GUUCACCAUGAUAAGUCCAGAUAUUGGCCAAACUCCGCAGUUUGACAGAAAUGCCCGCGCGGGCUCGAUCUCGUGUAUAUUAGUUAGUUUAAUUUACUAAAAUGGAGCUAUUUUAUUUGUUAUUAGUUAUUUUUACGGUCAGCAGCACCUGUGGGAAAGUAGUUGAACAUGACGAAAGCAUACACGCUACGAACAAUAUAAGUAAAGGUGACUCAGCUCCGAACACCACAACUACUGAAGCGGUAUCCAAUAACGUACAAAAUAAUAUAGAGGAUCCUCUUCCAAAGACAUAUGUUUCUGUGAACGCAACCGAUGCUCAAGCUAAUAAGGAUACACUCGCAAAAGCUUUCGAUGAAGAUUUUCUAAUUAUCACACGACUUGGUAAAGAACAAAACCUCGUAUCAACUACCGAAAAGCCUGCGAAGGAUCCGCUCGAGAACGUUAUCGAUGUAGAAGACUCUCUCAUUAUUAACAUAAAAAACAAAAACGCUGAAAAAGAUAACCUUGUUUUAACAAGUACCGAAAAAUCUACUAAAGAUCUAUACGGAAACGCCCUUGACGUGGACUUCCUGAAUAUAAUAAACGAUUAUGAAGAGACACAGUCAAGUGAAACACCAGAAGCUAAAGUCGAUAAUGGUACUGCAUUGUUACUUACGGCUUUCAUAAGAGACGGGCUCAUAGCUGAGGCACGGAACGCUUGUAGAGUAGACCCUGAUUUAUUCUUAGGGUUCGAGAGUUACAGUGGUUUCCUGACAGUGGACGAGGAGUUGAAGUCUCAUCUGUUCUUCUGGUAUUUCCCGGUGCCUGACAAGCCUGUGAAUGAAACGCCGUGGAUCGUGUGGUUACAGGGGGGUCCAGGAGCGUCUAGCUUGGCAGGGCUGUUUGAUGAAGUAGGGCCUUUCACUGUUAGUCAAUUUGGAACUUUAAAAAAGAACCGCUACAGCUGGAUUCAGAACCACUCGCUCCUGUUCAUUGACAACCCCGUGGGCACCGGUUAUAGCUUCACUGAGAGCAAGCUGGGAUAUGCCAGGGACUUAGACACGUACACGACACACCUCCACGAGGCGAUGAAACAGUUCGUGCAACUCUUCCCCGAGCUACAGAUGGCGCCACUGUUCGUGGCCGGCGAGUCAUACGCCGGCAAGUACGUCCCGGCGCUGGCUCACAGGAUCCAUCGACAUAUUGACAGUCCACCGCACUUCAAUUUACAGGGUGUGAUGCUGGGCAACGCAAUGGUGGACCCAGCGGAAAUCGCGCAUAUAUCAGACGCUUUCGAGCACUUCGGACUGAUCGACCAGACGCAGGUGGAAAUCAUCAGACCGCUGGUAGAAGGAUUCCAGGAAGACAUCGCUCAGAACAGAAGCGCUCCAGCUAAGAUGAAAUGGGUCAGCCUCGUAUCAGCGCUCCUCCUAAUGUCCCACCAAAAGCACGCCUACAACUUCCUUCGGGACACCAUCUUCGGCGGCAAGUACACGGACCUGCUGGACAAAUCCGACGUGAAGAGAGCCCUGCACGUCGGAGACAUUCAGUUCAGUCGGGUCAACGUGACCGUGAACAUUGAGUUGGCCCCGGAGUUCCUUAGCAGCACGAAGCCUAUGCUGGAGGAGUUGCUGGAUCAUUAUCGAGUGUUGGUGUAUUGUGGGCAGCUAGACCAGAUGCUGCCUUGCUUGCAAACCUCCAAGAACGCUCGCACAUGGAAGUGGAAUGGCACCGAGGAGUUUUUACAUUCCAUCCGGUACCCCUUCAUUUUCAACGGCAGGAACGCUGGCUACCACAAGACCGGUGGCCGCCUAACAGAAGUGGUGUUCCGCGGUGCAGGCCACAUGGUUCCCCAGGACGUACCCGCACCAUCACAGGCCCUCAUCACCCGUUUCACCCACGGAGUCCCUAUUGGUCCCCGCAACAUGAUGUAUGAGGCGGCCCUGCAUAACAUGCAUAAUUAUCUGCGCAAUGGCAGUAAUCUAAAUAAUAGUGAUGUUUUUGGGUAUUUUUAAUAAAUUAAUUGUAUUGAA